AUGGACCCCCGCCGGGUAGUCCCCAGCGCAGUCAGCGACCCGAUAGUCCGCCAAGUCGGUUUUUUCGCUCUGAUGGGUCGAUCCGACCCGAUACCGUCGUCAUCUCCGGCCUCCAACUUCUCUCCCUCCGGCAACUCGUUGUCUCCCGUCAUGAUCCCGCCGCCGCGCCACCUGUCCAUCGGCCAAUCGCGAAACUUGGACAUGGCGCCUGCCCUUCAAUUCCUGUCGGCAGCUACAAUUCAUCUGAAUUCUUAUCCCCUACCGAGACCGCGGAUGUUUCCGAGGAUCUUAGGGAUAGUUCAUUGGAGGCGAUGUGAAUGUUGUGAAAUUGCCCGCCAAUGUACGAGAUGGAGGAGGGCAAAUGAUGGAAAGCUGCUGAAGGAGAAGACGACAAAAGCCGAACAUCGAGCGAUUCAGGAAGCACAACGAGCUGCCAAGGCUGCUUCUAAAGGGCAUAUAUUUCUCGUGAAGAACUAUGGCAAUAAGGUGACUUAUGAUUUGUUUUAA